AUGCCGUCGUUUCCUCCACCAGGCUCAGUCACCAUAUGCGAGAUAAAUAGAGACCUCAUUACCUCUGAGAACCUCUCGGACGAUCGAGCUAAAGACACGUACGGAAAAAUUCUUGGACAUGUAUUCAGUCCGGUUCAAUUUCAAACAGACCAUUUAGCGUCGCCGCUGGGUACAGAACAGGGCAACGAACAAGAAGAAAGAACUUUAGAGACAGUUCAGAGAAAGAGUUUGUCGACAGCAUUGAAAGCCAUAUUCAGUGGUUCACUAAAUUCUCUCUUUGGCCCUAAUGAUGUAAGUUCAAUAGGCAAUGGAUUGGUGUUGAAAUUUGUUACGUGCACACUAUUCGGGAAAUUUGUGAAGCAGGGGAGUGGAAACCUGGUAAAACUGUUACCAAAGGUUGAUCUUCACAGUCUAAGUUGGCACCAACAUAAGAAUAUUUUAGCAUUUAUCUCUGGGCCCCAUCAUGUAACGAUUCGUGAUUAUGAGGAUUCAGAUGGCAAGGAUCCUUGUGUUUUGAUAAACGACUCCCAAAGAGACGUUAAACUUCUGGAGUGGCGGCCAAAUGGCGGGAAAACACUUUCUGUAGCAUGCAAGGGUGGAAUUUGCAUUUGGGCUGCUUCUUAUCCGGGAAAUGCAGCAUCUGUGAGAUCUGGAGUUACCCUGGGCACCCUCUCAAGAGGUUCCGGAACUCGAUGGGUUCUAGUGGACUUUCUUCGAUGUCCUGAUGAUAAACAAAUUAGUGCACUCUCAUGGAGUCCUGAUGGAAGAUAUCCAAACUAG